AAUAGAUUCACAUCCUGAAAUAUUGAUGCCACCACCUAGAACAGCUAAGGCAGAACUCAUUCCUUAAGCACAGAUGAAUAGUAUUUUUUGUCAGGCUUCCUCCCUAGACAGCAAGGAAUCUAGACUACAUCAGAUGAGAUCACACAGCAUUAGCCAGCUUUACACUGAGUUGAGUCACAUGCCAUCUGUAGAGCAAAAAUUUUGAUUUCAUCAUGCUGUCUGGCUGGAGGAAGCUUGCCAUGAACACCCUCAAACAAAGAGACAAUCAGUGAGAAGACCACUUGUGUAUGAACAUUAAUGGACAGAUGUGAAAUCACAAUUAAAGGUGACACACAGCCAAGAUUUGAUUUCCAAGAAAAUGAAAAGAAAAUCCAUGAGCAAGGACAAGAGCAAAAGUUCCAUGGUGUCGGUAUCAACAACAUCUUUCAAGACAAAUCUUUCAGAUUCUUCAAAACAAACAAAUGUUGAUUUGGGACAGAGUCAGGUCUUUCCAACUGAGGUGCCAGCUUUGGCAAAUGAUUCAAACACAUUUUCUGCUGAAAAAAUAGAAUUGGGAAUUCCAGCUAUCUUUGACCAAAGUAAAACACAAUCUGAAAUCACACUGACCAAUCAAAGUAGCUCACUGUCAUUCCCCAAACAAAGUGAAGAUUCUGGCUUAGUUAAACCAAGCUCUGUGACCCCAGACUCUUUCCGUCAAACAGCCCAAUACAGUCCUGAUGAUAAAAUCAUCAUGUCCUCAGAAUCCACUCCAACACCACCAGGAUCUGGGUCCCCUCAGCUUGAUCAACUGCUGUCAGAUCUGGAGGAGAUGAAACUUAAGUUUAGACCAGAGACAAUUGACCCACCUCUGCCAGAAUCCAGUGAUGAAAGCCCUGAAGUUGAUCAAAUCUACAAGUUUGAAGACCUGUCACCUGAAGAUCGCACCACAGAAGAUAGUGAUACUGUAAGAGUCAGUGUGUUUUCUGUUGUACAGCUUGUAGAUGACACUAACCACACAACUGCAGGAGUCACAGAAUCUGCAUAUUUCCAGACAUCCAUUCAAGAUGAAUCUGAAUUUGUCUCAGUCUCCCCCGAUCUAACAAAAACCUCUUGGACAAGUGUACCAUCAAGACUUGGCAGACAUACAGAUAGUCCUGUAUCCCAUACUGAGUCUCUUUCAUUCCCAGAAUCUCCCCAAAGAUUUUGUGAAGAGAUGGAACCAUCACUGAGAUCAAGUUUUCGUUUGGACAUAUUCCAGACCAGCAAAUAUGGUGAAAAUGCUGGUGAGACAUUUUCUCCAGUGUCUUCACCCAAAAUAGCUGCAAAGAGUCACUCUGAUAUACCUGAAAAAAAACUGGAUAAUCUAUGUGAGGGAGAUAAUACAUCUGGCAUUCUUCAAAGUCAAGAAGAGGGUGAAUCAAUUACACCAUCUAAUGACUCAAUGGGUGUGACAUCAACACAGAGUAGCCAAGAUCAACUUCCACAUUUAUGGGAGAUAACCUCUGUUGAAACCAUUCAGACUUUAGAUUUUCCUUCUCAGUCUCUUUCUGAUUUGACUCCUGAGACAGUUACAUCUGCAAGACAUUUUAGCUUUGAGGAACUGAUGUCGUACACCUCCUUGGGGAACCUGGAGAGAUCUUCAGAUGAGGAUAGGCCAAGGACCAGUGGACAGCAUUCAGAUGAAUCUCUGACUCCAGUUGACCAUGAGCGCUUUGCCUCUCAACCCACUUCAGUUAAACCUAAAGCAGAGGUGACUUCAUCAACUUCUGAUGAGGAGUACAGCAUCCCACCUGGAUAUGCAGAGACCUCUUCUACCACAUCUGUCUAUACCCACAUGCCUCCAGGAUAUGCAGAGGAUGUGCAUCAUGAUGCCGACAGCCCUACCUUUGAAUACUCUGACCCAGAGCCUUACUUUGACUGCAAACAAGCUACAUCAGAUUUCUCAGAGACUGAGCCUGAUGAACCUGAGUCAAGAACUAGGUCAAGUGGAGGUCAGCCCCAGGAUCAUCUCAGCCAUUCUAUAGUGCUAGAAAAUGUGAAUCGAGGAGUGCUAUUGUCCUCUGGAAGUGAAGAUUAUGAGGAUGCUCCUUUUGUCCAUGAGCCUCUUCAUGAUAUAUAUGAAGAGAGUGAGGAAUUAAUACAGGAUUCAGAAGCAUCCGAUGAAGAAUUCACCUUGUGUGAGGCUUCACAACUGCCUCCAGUAUAUGGGGCUUGUGAUGAUACUGAUAAGUCUCUGAUAAGGGUAAGAUGAGAUCUGGUAAACCAUCCCAAAUUGCAAGCUUUUCCCAGAGCUGAGCUUAACCAACAACAGCAUUUGCUUCAGAGAGGAAUGACUGCUAACCCUCUGGCCACAUGGAUGGGAUCUAAAACUCCUUAUAA